ACGUCAGAACCACACGCACCUGCGCGCGCGCGCGGGUCCGCAGCUCGAGCCUCGGCGGAGCGGUCAUGAGAAAAGUAUGUCCAGAGUCGGAACCGCGGACAUGGAGGAGCGCAGAGGAGGCGACCGGAGCGGCGGCUCGGCUCGGCUCUACGUCUGAGUCCUCCGGUGACGCGGAGCGUUGAGGCUCGGUGGGACCGAGAGAGACGCCGAACCGAACCGGGAUAUUUCCGCAACAAUGGCGACUACCCAGCAGUAAGGGACUUCCUCCAUCCCAAACCAACAAACGCUUGACCCAGCUCAUUUCCAUCCUCCCUUUGUUUCAAUCAUGGACACCCCUGGAGGGUUGACCUCGGCUCUGGAUGGACCCGUGGACCCCGGGAUCAGCAAGGGUCGUUUGGAUCUCAGCGGGCUCUAUCGUCUGGGUCGGACCCUGGGAAGAGGCCACUUUGCUGUGGUUAAGCUGGGCCGUCACGUCAACACGGGCCAACUGGUUGCUGUAAAGAUGAUCGACAAGACGAAACUGGAUGUAAUGGCUGCCAGUCACCUCUUACAGGAAGUCAGAUGCAUGAGGUUGGUGCAGCAUCCCAACGUGGUUCGUCUGUAUGAGGUUAUCGACACGCCCACCACGCUCUACCUGGUCAUGGAGCUGGCCGAAGGUGGCGACCUCUACGACUACAUCCUCCGCCACGAGCGAGGCGUGGCCGAGGUCACAGCCAAGCGUCACUUCGCCCAGAUCGUGCGCGCCGUGGCGCACUGCCACCAGCUGCAUGUGGUCCACCGGGACCUGAAGCCUGAGAACGUGGUGUUCUUCCCACAGCAGGGAGCAGUCAAGCUGACGGACUUUGGGUUCAGCAACUUAUUUCAACCGGGGAUGAUGCUGGCCACCAGCUGUGGGUCGCUGGCCUAUUCUGCUCCAGAGAUUCUGCUGGGAGAAGAGUACGAUGCUCCAGCUGUAGAUAUCUGGUCUUUGGGGGUGAUCCUCUACAUGUUGGUCUGUGGAGUCCCUCCCUUCCAGGAGACCAACGACAGCGAGACUCUGGUCAUGAUUCUGGACUGCCGUUACUCUGUUCCUGAGCACGUUUCUGGUGAAUGCAGCGAUUUGAUCUCCAGGAUGCUACAGAAGGAUCCGUCUCGCCGGGCUUCUCUUGAUGACAUCGAGGCCCACCAGUGGCUGCAGGGCCUGGAGGAUGCCCUCCUUAGCCCAGAGGCCCCACCACACUGGAUCUCAGGGGCCCUCACUGCAGGCUCACCCUCCUCAGGGGUCCCUGAGUGUGGAGAUCUGCUCGCUAAGCGGACCUCAACUCGGCAGGCGUUUACCGGGCCGUGGCAGCCCAGCGUCAGCUUCAGCCUUCGUCCAGCUCCAGUUGAAGAGCCUCCUGUGAGCAAGAACCUUCCUGCACUGCAGCAGAUCAGUGAGGAGGAUGAGGAGGAAGAUGAGAUGUUAGAAGUGGACAGUCAACGAAAGGAGGAGCUGGUGGAGGACACGGCUGAGCUGGAAAAAGAAGAUGAGGGUUGUGUGAUUUCAGAUCAACCAGUCAGUCGUUGGAACGAGCCACUCAGUCAGACUUCUGGAUUUGGGGUGUCGUGUUGCCGCCCUGACUUCUCAAAUGGAGAUGAUGAGCCCAACAACAACACAGAUAAGCCCCUCCCCCUCUCCACAUCUGAAUCCUCUCACUCACAAAUCUCCGCCUCCUCAAUCAGCCUGAAGGAGGUGCAGAAAACGCAAAAAGAAGAGCCAAAAAAGAAAAUAGGAGCUUCAGUCGAAGACCUGCCAACUGAUAAAUCUCAGCCUCGCGGUCCGCAGGAAGCCCGGGACGAGCCGGCGCCGAGGGCGGAGCAGGGGAAGCGUCACAGCAUCAAGCUCCGCGAGAGACUCUUCCAGUUCCCCCUGUGUGAGAAAGCUCUGGCCUUCAACGUACCGACGCAAAACAAGCCUAAGAUCCUCCCGCUGGCUCAGUACAACUGCUGCCACGUGCUGUAGUGGACGCCCCCCCGGGACACCUGGGCUGCUCACAAGUCACCAGGUGGACGGAUAUCAAACAGAAACCUCGGCGACCUUCUGAGCUGAGCUCCUGAUACGAUCCUCGGCAUAAAAACACGAGUGUACACCUUCAGACGCACAAACUCUCAGCUCUAAUGAGCUAAAUAUCCCACGGGCUCUCGGGUUAGCUGCUGUGCACAGACGCGACCACACCUCCUCACCUGUAGCUUUGACACAAACCUGGACCUACCUGAUGAAUGACGAGGGAGACAGAUAUUUUACUGAAUGAGCCCUUUUUGUUCUUUUGAAGGUGCCUAAUAAGAUAAAACAGAUUCAUGUUGUUUCUACUGCAACAAGAUGAGAAUAAACCAGAGCGGCAGCUAACAAUGAGCAUAGAACUAAGAAAAAGCUCUUUUCUUUGCUUUUGGGUGUAAAAUACGUUGUAAUCAGAUGAAUCUUCAGUAGGAAAACUGAGUUGUGACUGCAGAGAGUCCUAAGCUGCAAAGUAAAAGUAUUUCUGCAGUAUUUUAAACUAGAACGCUACGUUUGGCUUCAUAAUAUCUGAAAAUAUCGUGGAAAGAAUCACGUGAUUCAAACGUGGAACAAUGUUCACUUGAUGUUUUAGCAGGUCACAUAUAAUUAAUAUUUAUUUAGCUGUAACCUCAGUUAGAAAGCUCACAUUUAGCAGAUUUUGCCUUGAAGAAAGUCAAAUUCAAAAUGAUCACUACAGUGUUUUCACUACUGUACUCACUACAGGCGUGGGAGCUUCUAACGGCUGAUUUUAUUUUUGGGAAAAAAUGGAAAAGAGUUUAAAAAACAUGUAUUUUUCAGAAGGUUGUUUUGCUCUCUAACCUUUUUAAGACGGAUUAAGUUGCUGGAUUAUUAACGGCUAGCUGUGCUGCUGAGUAACGUGCAGUUCUCCUCCUGAACAGCAGGAGUCGCCACUGAGAAAAUUGUAUUUCAUCACAGCAUGAUCAACGUGGAUAAAAGUUCUUCGAACACAGAUUUGCAUCGCGUUUGGGUAAAUUUUGAAAUGUUUGUUUCAACAUAUUUAGAGACGCUUUGAGAUUUUCCCCAGAAAUCGCCCUCAUUCAUGUAGCUCAGCAGCCUCUGCUGUCGCCGACAUUCAAACGUUUCGUACAGCACUUGGUUUAAAACAAGAUUGGAAUAAAAUGCAGUUAAAAUGUUGUUUUCAGCCAUUAAAAUAACAGCUAACCUGUUGUAAAUACAAGUGGAUAAUUUCAUUCUUUAUGCAUCAAGCCUUGAUGGAUUAAAGGUGGUUUUUUUUUUUUUUUUUUUAAUUUUUGCAUUAAAAUGGAGGAAAUCAAAUUGUAAAAAAAACCCAACAGAAUUUACCUUUAAUGUAAAACUUGGCGAGGAACAAGUGGCAUCUUUAAAAACAGCUGAUGAAGGGUUUGAUUUUAUUCAGACUCAUCGACCUUCGGCGUCUUCCUUUGAACUUCCUGUUUCUCACACUGGUUCUUCACCUAAGCUUGUAUGAUGAAGACUGUUACAUGUAUGACACAUGCUCUGAUAUGACACUAAAACACGCCUGAGAGACAAUGUGAGUCUUAUGGUGUGAAAAUGACAUGCAGGUGGUUCUUUUGGGUCACACUGAAUAUUCAGGGGCGUGUCCAGGGAGUGGCCUGGGGUAGCAAAUGCCACCCUUGGAAUCUGAUUGGCCACCCCAGGUGCCACCACACAGAAUUCCCUUUAGAUGGGCUUUUCAUUGUCCACAAAAGGCUUGGGGUAAAAAAAAAAAAAAGCAUAACCAUUGGUGCCACCCAUGCACAAAGUGGGCCACCCCAUUUUAAACGAUCUGGACACGUCACUGUGAAUAUUUAAUCUUUGAAGUCGACUUUUAUUUUUUGAUGUGAGGUUUGAUUUGUUCUUAUUUUUUAUAACGUGACAAAGACAUCGACUCUGAGCAGAUGUGUGUGACUUAGCAUGUUAUUUAUCACCUUAUACCUCGGUGUGUCUCACAGGACGGUUGGCUGUUCCUUUUGGUGUAACUGUAAAUAUCACAGAGAGAUGAAUUGCACAUAGUAAAGCUACUAACUGGUAGCUUUUUUCAAGCAUUAUCAGGAGUUUUGUGCAGAUCCAGCCCACAGAGUCUCCUUAUUGUGUCGUAUUAUUUUACCAAAUGAUCGCUCCGUUUGUUCUGUAUUUUCCCAGAGUAGCAGGAGCCGAAUGAGCGACGACAUGCUGUUGCAGUAACGCAACUGCAGCCAACAGCCGGGGAUUGCUCCCUCCCUGCAUUAAAGCAGAGAAGCCGUCACGUGCAAUCUGAUUAUGACUCGUGUCUCAUCAGCCGUAAAAGCUUCAAAUCUGUUCCAGGGGAGGGAUGAAAUGACCUGUUCCUGAGUGCCGUCUCUAUUUAGUGUCUGCUGACCUGCAUUUUAACCAGGACCACUUCUCUCAUGGAGCCAUGAACUUAUUUUUCUGUAUUUAUUUAUUAAAAUGGAUUAAAACAAUA